AUGGGUUCCAAUAAAUCCAUCCUCUUUCUCUUCAUCAACCUCAUGCUCUUUGCCCUAGCCAAAGCCUGCUACAUUGGUUGUAACAAGCCCAACCCAAACCCGAACCCACUCCCGUACCCAAACCCGAGCCCAUCAAAGGGCAGCUGCCCAAGGGAUGCCCUAAAGCUAGGCAUAUGCGCCAAGCUCCUCAACGGUAGCAUCGGGGCAGAAAUCGGCACCCCACCGGACCACCCGUGCUGCUCGGCACUCGGUGGGCUUUUGGACCUCGAGGCCGCCAUUUGCCUUUGCACCGCCUUGAAGGCGAAUAUUCUCGGAAUCAACUUGAACAUACCGAUUUCCUUGAGCUUGCUCGUCAACACAUGUGGCAAGACACUCCCUAAGGAUUUCAUUUGCGCUUAA